GUUUGAUUGCUGCCAUUUGCAUCGUGCAAUUCGGUAAGAAUAUUUGUUGUGAUAAUUCCUAAUUCUAGUCUAAUCUCGUCUUUGUAAUGUUUCUCGAUUGUUUUUGGUUCUUUUGACAGCGAAAAAUAAGGACGAUAAGGUCCUCCAAUCGGGACUCAUCAGUCUACCAAUCCGGGAAAAUGUUCACUAGACGUUCAACUUUUCUUUCGUUGUUGAUUGUGUACUGCGGUGCCGUUCGGUAUGGCACAGGAGUAUCGCGUCCAGUUAGUGUCAUAGCCCACAUGGUGAACACGCCCAAUUCUAUCCGAUGGGCUUUAGCACAAGGUGCUAAUGGCAUUGAAAUCGAUCUUAAAUUUGACGAUAGUCAUCCUGGUUGAUUUCAUCAUGGCUUCCCUUGCGAUUGCACCUGCUUUCUGAGUUAUGCAACAUUUCAGGACAGCGGAUGCAUGGUUCUCGGUGAAGGUUGUUCCGCUUCUACGGGCGUCACGGAAAUGACAGACUUCUUGGGUAGCUCUGAGAUUGUCUCUUCUCCGUUAGCAAUCAUCUACAUCGACGCUAAACUGGACAAAUCUGUGCCGAACUAUGCCGAGGCCGGAGCCAAUGUGGUGCGACUGUUUAACGAGAAAGUCUUAGGGCGGGGUUAUCGCGGUCAAAUUAUUCUUGGUUCUUCAACUAUUUCACGUUCAGAUUUUCUACGUGGUGCUCUACGUGAAGCCGCCAAUUCCAAUUAUGCUGACCGAUACUUCUAUACCAUUGGGCAGGAAGGAAAAAAAGCGGAUAAAGUGUUGAAGACCUCGCUUCAAUUGGGCACCAGAAAUAUUGUUUACAAUACCGGAGCAAGUGCUUGUUUUCCUUACAAAACCUUCUACAAUGCAAUUCGAUAUAGCCUUCAGUCAAAGGCAUAUGCUGCCGUUGGCAUUUGGACCGUAGAUCAAGAGGCUUCCAUAAAAAACUACCUGAAUGCUGGCGUCGAUUUCAUCGUGACCAACAGACCUAAGGUGGCAGCUGACAUUAUAGGCCGCCAAAAUGUUCCUUACCUGAAACAGCUACCUGUUGAUUGA